AUGCCUGUUUUUGCUGGGCUCUUGGGCCUUUUUCAAAAUAUUUUUGCUUUUUGGUCAUGGUUUGGCGUAUUUCUCCUACUCUUGUGUUUAGUGUACAUGUCCUCCAGCUGGAUAGAUGUUAACACACCCAUGUUCGAACAACUUCCGGCGGUGAAAAGUUUUUUGCACUGUUCUGAUGUCGGGCUGGCCUAUACAUGUUUACGCAAAAACCAGAACCAAAUCCUAUUGCAGAGUAGGAAACUCAUGUCGCUCAGUGCUUAUGGCUCAUUCCGUUCGUGCCUCCAUCUUAUCAGCGAUAGCCACAGUGACAUGGAGCUUGUGCUUCACACGCACAGAUGCUACCAUGCCGCUAUAGCCCCAGGCAACCGGCAGCUGGUGUCGCCUACAUGUACUUGGUUAGUGGCACUUCUUUUGGCUGCCCAGGCCAUCACUGUUGUUUUGGUUUUUUCUGUAGCGAAAGCCUGUCGUAAAGUAUCAAUGGAGCACAUGCGCAGUGCCACGAAUGGAGAAAAACGUACAUUUUAUCCUCACUCAAGCGAAGAAGAUGCACAUGCUCAGCUAAUGAAACAGACGGUUGAAGCUCGAACAGUGAAACAUAAGGCUUCAGUGGCGCCGGGACUCCAUCCUUCAGUGGUGCAGUUGAGUCCCAAUGCUUCACUCAGCUUGGAUAUACCAACAAUUCAUGAGUCGUGUCGAGAAAACACCCACGAGAAUGCUAAGCCUACAGAGGAAAAUGAGCCCCGUCCUUCGUUCCACAUUUCCUCACCGGAAGGGAGGCGUGCUAUGAAACAGUACAUGCGAAGAAAAAUGGAAGGUAGAAACAUUCCAGGAACCCAAAGUGUGCCUCUCUCAUAUCGUGGCGAUGGUGACAGAAAAGCCAGAUUGCGAUGA